AUGGCCCUGAGAGCGAUUCUCUUAAAGGUCGGGGGCGCCGCGGCUCUGCUGGUCGCCUUCGCCGUGGCAACUCAGCAGGUGUUCCAAUCUGCAUCUGCUUCAGAUGCACCGACAAGGUUUACACUUGACAAGGCAUGGCAGGUGCUUGGCCCUUUUCCGGCGGGGAUGAGAGAGCUGCCUUUUGGCGGGUUCCCCGCCUCCGUGGGUUAUAGCUAUGCGGAGCUGCUCGACCCAAGUACGAACCCAAAGAGACACCUUUCAACCUACGGCCCUUUGAACGCCACUACGAUGCUGCAAACAUUCGAAGCACAAAUCGAAGCACAGGACCCUGAACGCAUAAAACACUCGCUCACUGUAGAAUACCCAAACGUAGAUUGGGCGUGGAUACGCAAAAGUGCGGGAUGGUCUUCCCUGCAAUGGCAGAUGAUUGCAGCAACCGAUUUUCAGAUGAAACAGAACAGCACUGCUCUCGCUGUGACCAUGGACAAGACCGCAGAGUUUGCAAUCGUACCUACCUCGUCCCUCCAAGGAGACACAACGCAAGAUGCGAUCGAAUGGCACACCGGAGAUUGGUACUCGUACAUUGCUGCAUUUUCUAAAGAAAAGUCCACAGAAGACAGACUUCCAAUCUCGCAUCAUUUGUUGCAUCUGCAUCAAGGAUCCUACAAGCUGCUUGUCCGGUCGCAGUACGAGAUAAGAAUCUUUGGCGACCCGCGAAACAACGGUGGGGAAGAGAGCCCAAAGAUGACCCUUGGUAUCGACAUCGCAGCGCGCUCGUUGCAGAAUGUAAACCAGCAGGACCUCUUAGAAGUGCAUGCUGAUCCGCACCACAGCAACGUUCCUCACAUUGUUGGCGGAUGGGUGGCUGGAUGGGGCCUGUCUUUUGCGAUUCGAAACAUCAGCCCUAACGACACGUACACUGUGCACAAUGUGAGCCUAGCGGGUCAGGAUGCGGGACGCUCCCCCCUCAUAGCCGAGCUAGCUCAAAAGCUCACUGUUACGCCUGCACAAACGGUGACAGUUCCUGUCAAGCUCAUUCAGAACUCCCCACUCAACUCAGACUUGGAUUCUCUCGAUCUAACCGUCAGUAUUACGAUGCAGAGCAACGCUGGUGAGGUUACCAUUGCGAAAAAUGCACGCAUCCCACUCACUCACAAGCCAGCUUUCUGGAACGGUUCAAGCAACGAUCAGGGCCUGUACGCCUACAUGUACAGCUAUCUCGCCGAGGAUGGAACCGUACAAAUGGCAGCAGCGACUCCACCGAGAAGGGCUGCUAAAGUUCCUGAUCAGGACGCAUCGCUUCCACCUCUGAUACUGACGCUCCAUGGCGCAGGUGUCGACGUGCGCGAUUUGUUCUUCAGCAACAGCAUUCAACGUCAGGAGGAAAACUGGGUCGUUCUUCCCACGGGACGUACACCAUGGGGCUACGAUUGGCAGCUUGCAUCACUACAAGCAGCCGAUGCGGCUGUGGCAGCCUUCAACAAGCAUCUAUACGGUCUUCCGGCUUCCUGGACAAAAGAAGAGAAACACGCGUGGCAAUUUGAUCCGCAGAAGCUAUUUGUAAUGGGACACUCGAACGGUGGCCAGGGUGCGUGGUACCGGCUGUCGCGCUUCCCUGAUCAUGCCAUCGGCGGUAUGGUUGGAUCCGCCUACAGCAAAGUGUCAGACUAUGUCUCGUUUGCAUGGAAAGUAGGAAGACAUCAUACCGACCCAGCUUUGCAAGGAAUUUUACACAGCAGUCUGACCAUGUUUGAGAAUGAUCUGUACAGCAGCAACCUUGCUGGACUGAAUCUGCUGGUCAAGUUCGGGUCUGCGGAUGCCAACGUGCCGCCCUGGAAUCCGAAGGAUCUGGCAAUGGUAGUAGAUGGGUGGAAUCGUCGAUCGGGUCUGACCGACAAGGUCAAGGUCUCCGAGGUUGCUGGACGUCCGCAUUGGUGGGACACGUUGUUUUCCGAGCAUGAUGUGCAAGAAGCUAUCGAAGCAGCUUGCUCGUCCAGCAAGAAUGCUGGGUACAAAAUGCCAGUAGUACCGCAGAACUUCACUCUUACCGUCUUCAAUCCUGCUGAAGCGGGCUCGAAAGGAGGGUGGCGUAUCAGCGAAGUCGAGAUUCCCGGACGACUUGCAAAGCUGGAGGUGAACUACGUUACACUGGACAACGAAACGAAUAGCAAUCACGUUCAGAUAGUUGCCAGAAACGUACGCCGUCUCGAGCUAGAUGUCCAUGUGCUUCGCCGCCGCGGUCUUGCCAAUUCCGAUCCGUCUCUCGGCAAUGCAGCGUCACUACGAUUCCAGAUCAACGGACAAAAGCAACAAGUUGAAAUAGACAACACGGAUCGAGUCGAUUUUCUACGUUCAGAAAGUGGCAGCUGGGAAGUGAGCAAUAGAGAUACUACCACCGCCGUUUCGAGAGCAGUUCGUCCAUUCGGGCCGCUGCUGCGCAUUGUAACGUCAAAAGGGCCUAUACUAUUGAUAGUUCCAUCAAGAGGACCACAGGUAGAAGUUGCAGCUUGGACUCGGGUAGCAAGACGUUUUGCGGCCGAUCUGCUACUGUACGGCGCGAUCAACUCUCAAAUCAUCGUCGAUACAGACUUUGACUCUGCUAAACCCGGCGAGAGCUGGAAGCACAGCAACAUUGUCACUUUUGGUGGACCCACGAUCAACAACUUUACCCGAUCAACAUUUAAUGGCUGGCCCACGGAGAGUCCGGUUCGCUUUCCUUCACCCGAUACGUCGGCGCAGUUUGACAUACAAGAUCGAAGCUUCUACGAAAAUGGCACCGCCAUGCUCACGCUCGCACCUCAUCCGACGUAUGCUCAAGGCUUGACGUUGGUGGUGCACGGGAUUGGAGUCCAAGGCAUCUUGAGAGCAGCCCGCCUGCUGCCGACACGAACCGCGACCAUGAUUCCAGAGUGGGUGGUCGUCGAUAGUUCGGCAGAAUGGAAGGGAGAAGGUGGUGUUGAGGCCGCUGGAUGGUAUGACCGCGAAUGGGGUUGGUCAGAGAGCAUGUCGUACGUUGAAUGA